CUGCUCCUCCCUCGCUGCCGGCACCGAGCGCGGGAGGCUCCGGGAGCGGCUCCGGGAGCGGCCCCGGCACAGGCGGCCCGGCCGGGCGGGGGCGAUUCGGGGCCGCCCCAGAACGGCCCGAGCGAACAGAGAGCGCUCCCAGCUCCCGGAGCUCCGCUCCCAGCUCCCGGAGCUCCGCUCCCAGCUCCCGCAGCUCCGCUCCCAGCUCCCGCAGCUCCCGGGGCUGCGCUGAGGGCGCGGAAUGUCCCGCACCGACUGUCCAGAUGUGCCGCCCUGGCAGGCGCUGCCCGGACACCGCGGGGCCGGAUCGGCGCUAUGGAAGGGCUGUCCAGCUGCAGGAUGGGCCUAGGGUAUGGCAUUAUUGUUCCUUGAACACUGUCAGGACUCCUCCUGAGGCAGAGGAACAGCAGCACAAGUUGAAGAACUGAUGGAGUAAGACAGAAGAUCCCCAGGAAAAGGAUGGACAUUGGUGCCAGGCAGCUCAAACAAGGCUUUUAGCAGUCCAGGAACACCACAGAGACAAUGAGAGUUCGCCUCAAAGGGGAUGUGAUCUGUACCCUCCUCCUGCUGGUAGCACUUUGCUCUUUACUCUACUCCCAGCUGGAACAUUUAGUCCCGGCAGGAAACAAGGAGCCAACACAGAAGAAGCCUCCAGCAACCCCAAAAAUAUCCUCAGAUCCCCGAGCACCUCAGAGACUGAUGCCAGCAGAGGCAACAGCACCCAGACCCCAAGUUACCCCUGUCAUUAGACGAGCAGAAGUGGCCAAGAACAGGGUCCAAGCUACAACUCCCCCCCCGCCGACUGAUUCUGCCUUCAACUUCCAGCACUAUCUCCUCAACAAGGACAAGAGGAGCUUCAACCUCCUCAUCAACCAGCCCAGGAAAUGCCGGAAAACACCUGGGGGGCCCUUUCUGCUCAUUGCCAUCAAAUCGGUGGUUGAAGACUUUGACAGGCGCGAGAUCGUCCGGAAAACUUGGGGCAGGGAGGGUCUGGUGAACGGGGAGCAGAUCCAGCGAGUGUUCCUCCUGGGAACACCAAAGAACAGGACAGUGCUGGCCACGUGGGAGACCCUGAUCCACCAGGAGAGUCAGACAUACCGGGACAUUCUGCUCUGGGACUUCAUGGACACUUUCUUCAACCUGACCCUGAAGGAGAUCCACUUCCUGAGCUGGGCUGCCGAGUUCUGCCACGACGCCAAAUUCAUUUUUAAAGGUGACGCCGACGUUUUUGUCAACAUUGAGAACAUUGUUGAUUUCCUCAAGAGACACGACCCCACUGAGGACCUCUUUGUUGGGGACAUCAUCUACAAUGCCCGUCCCAUCCGUGUCCGGAAGAGCAAAUAUUACAUCCCAGAGACCAUGUACGGGCUCAGCAUCUACCCGGCCUACGCGGGGGGAGGAGGGUUCCUGCUCUCCAGCCGCACCAUGAGGAGGCUCUCGAGGGCCUGCAGGGAGGUGGAACUCUUCCCCAUCGACGACGUCUUCUUGGGCAUGUGCUUACAGAGAAUCAACCUCAAGCCCAUUUUGCAUGAAGGAUUCAAGACCUUUGGCAUCGUCAAGCCUUCUGCUGCCCCACACCUACAGACCUUCGAUCCCUGUUUUUACAAGGAUCUCAUGGUGGUUCACAGUCUGAAAGUCGCUGAGAUCUGGCUGAUGUGGAACCUGCUCCACAGCCCACGUCUCUCCUGCACUCAGAAGAAGCAAGUGAAAAAGCCUUUCCAGUGGAAAAAGAAAGCUCAAACUACAGCACAAACAUCACCCCUGAGAUGAUGCAGGCAGACUGCAGCACAAACAAGCAGCAAACAUGCAGCAAGAAAGGGAACCUGGAGCUGGUACAGCCCAACAAACCAACUGCACAAGUAUUUUAGCACACCUUACUGUUAAGAGAACACAGCAAACAACUGCAGGAAUUUGCCCAAAUUCCACAUUUGCACACACAUGUCAUGUAGGUCCUCCUCUAUUAAUGAGUCCAAAUAAUCAUAGCAAUAUAUGUAAUUUAUUAUUAUUUAUUAGGAUUAUACUAGUGCUUAGCAGGACACUGGGUAAAAGGACAUUGAAAAAUGCAGUCCUUGGAGGUUUUUCAGCAUUGUUAGAAAUGUGAGAAAUGAAAGAAGAUACAAGGUAAGAGCACAGACACCAGGGAGCACAGGGAUCAUUGUCAGCUUGCUACUUGACUUGGACUCAUUGACAAAUGACCAAACAGUAACGAGGGUAAAGGAAAUCAGGUCACCUCAGCGUGGGCUCAGCUGGAAUCACUGCUGCCUGGCUGGUUUUCUGGAGGCCUUGGGAGAACAACUGAGAGCUGCUGAAAUGGGGGCCUGUAUGGUGCAGACUGGCUGCAUUACAAGGAAUCAAACUGGAUGCUGAGGCUGGCUGAGCACAGGACAGGUACAUAGAUAACUGGGAAGGAACAGACUUCCAAAGGGCCUCUAAAGAAGGACAAGAACUUUGAGCUGAUCCCUCUAAGCCUUGAUCUUCUGUUACUCCCAGCACUCCUCUGUUCAAAUACCUGCUCCACUGACACACUCAGGACUCAGAGGGCCAGUUUUUGACACUUCCCUGAGCUCAGGCUCUCUGCACUGUGCUGACUGACAUUCAGUGAAAACACAAAAGUCAUCCAGCAGUUUUUGAUUGCUCUCACCAGCUGAUCCACAUCUUCAGAAGGUUUGACUCCAGAGAUCCUCUGGCCUUUGCUUUUAAGGGUAAAACCACACAGAGCUGCUGCUUGCGUCACAUCUGGGAGCUGCUUCAGACCAAAGAACAACUUGUCAAUGGACUGGGCUGCUUUCUCUAGACCUCUUGCUUGGCACACAGGCAGCUGCAAAGAGCAGCCAAGACUUUUCAUGCUGCUGUGGGUGUCGUGAAGGGAAAAAGUACUUUUCAGACCAAAGGGCUUCAGAAUAAAAGCCCGUCUAAAUUUAUUGCAAGAAAUCAAACCCACACAGCAAUCUUUCUGCUGGGAUUUCCAAGGUCCAGUCAGUAACUUCUUAACUAUUUUAAGCAUCAGGCAAGAACACUGGAUUACGUGCUUUUUCAAAGAACAGUGAAUACUUUGCAUUUUGUUUUUUCCAACAGUAGACUACCUUAAAAGAAUAUCCUUUCUUUAGACAUCAGAGCAGAAGUAAAUUCCUCUAAAUCAGGGUUAAAAAGCUACUAAAUUCAUGGGGCAAAGAGCCUGAAUUAACCUUUGAUACUGUGCUUGUUAGUUCUUUUGCAGUUUUUUCCCUUUAAAAAAAAAAACAACUCCUAUCCAUCAGAGAAGCCCCAGUGCCACAUGAACACAGCUUCAGAGGAAAUUACUGUCAGUCAUAAACAUCCAGGAAGCUGCUGUCCCUUGAACAGAGCCUGCAGCAGCUGCAUUCCAUCCCUGUGUAGAACCUUCCUCCCCCCGGGCAGCAGUUCAGGCUCAGUGCUUGUCCCAGCUGUGCACACCACGGAGCACUGGGACACUGCUGGUACCCACUGGGACAUUAUUAGCAACAGUCUCACAUUUUCUUCAUCUUCACCAUGAAUUUAAGCCUUACAGUAAUGUAUUUCCAAGGAGAGGUCAGCUGUAUAGGAAUCAAAAGAUUCCUACAUUUGGGAUCUUUUCAAGAUGUGAUCCUGAAACACAAAAUGCUCAUGUGAGCUGCACAAGGAGCUCUGCAGGGAGUGGAACUAAGCCAGAGCCUUGCUGGUGGGAGAAAGUCACCCUUGCCCCUGUCUGCUACCAUGUGUGAUACUUGUGUAUUUGUGAGCUUGUACAAGAAUGUAUUACCUGUGAUUAGUUUACAGUUUUGGAGGUUAUUUAUACCAUAAUUAAAAGACAGCAUGCAGACAUGCCUCUGGAUGUUGGAGUGAGUCUGUCAAGAACACCUGCACACACGUUGUAAGACUGAUACCACAGGGAUUCUUCAGGAAGACAUUGACAUGAAAAAUACAUUAUUCAUUAUUUUGGAUAACUUGGUCUUUCCUUGUGCUGGACUUGAUUUAAUGGCAAUGACAGAAAAAUAAACAUGGCUUACCUUCCCAUUUCCAUGGGGCAGCUGUUCAGGUUCAGCAGUCCUUAGUAAGGUCUUUCUUUUAAGCCUGGAGAUGCACAGAUUGGCUCCUCCCUCUAUACUGUCUUCAGAUCUGCAAUCUACCACAACACAGCAAUAAUGAGUGCAUUUUGUCCCAGAUCAAAGUUGCUGCCCAACAUCUGUGUUGACACAGUCUGUGCCAGCACAUACCCUGAGAGCUGGCAGAGCCCAGAGCAGAGCAAACUGUUUACUCCACUGUCUCAGGCUGGGGAACAGCUCAUUUCUUUUAUCCAGUGAUUACUAAAUCGAGUCUCUGUUAAGGAAAGAUACAUCUGCUUUUGUUCUCCAGCCUCUGCUGCAUGGCCUGUUUGACCUGGCUUUAAGUUCCCAUUUGCUUCUGCAGUUGAGCAGGAAGUUCCCAGCCCUGUGUGUGAGCUCUGGGGAUGCUGGAGAACAGGGCUCAGCCCCUGCAGUUCAUGACAUUCUACUUACUGCUGCAGCAGGCAAAAAUCUUGGACUUCACACAAGCUGGAGAUUGUUUCCUAGAAGAUGAGGGUCUUUUCAGAAAAUCCUGUGUGCAUGAGAGCUGGCAGGAAGGACCCUCUACUGACUUCUCUGAUGCACCUCAGAAAAACAAAACCAUCCAUUUCAGUGACAUUCUGAGUAGCUUUAAUUAACUGGCUAAUUCAACACACCAGUCAUGUCUGCUAAAAAGCCUUGCUUGGCAAUUUUUUUUCAUGACUAACCCAUGAUGAGAAAACAUAAAAACGUCCCAAGUGGGUUCCACCAGUAGCAAGAAAAAGCAAAGCAGACUUUCUCAGGACAGGCAUAGACUUCUGAAAUUUAAAUAAAGUACAGUAGGUUUUAUUGAAUCCCAGGGAUCCACAGAGUCAUGUUUUAUUCCUACUGUACAUAAGUAGGCAGAUUUGGUCACUCUGACGAGCAGAGCUGGCUUGAACCUCACAUUCAACACCUCCGAGUGCGUCUCUGGACACGGGAACUGGCAGUGAGUGCCAACAUCCGUCAGUCGGUCAAGCCACUGCAGGCUCAGCAUCAUCAAACAGAAAGCCAAAGAUGGCUUGAGCAAUGGAGUGGUAAAAUCUUGUUUUUCCUGUCUGCAGUUUAAUUAUUCAUCUCUCUGCAGCAGGUUCUCGGAAGCAAAGCCCAACUGCAAAUUCAAACAGUACAAAAUAAUCGAACAGCUCCGAGAACCCUCACUGAAUGUUAGCACGGAGAACAUUCCCUGGAGAGUGCUGGAAGACCAUCAGAUCAGAGAGAAAGAGUCCAGCCCAGAGCCCAGCCUGAAGAACUGCCAGUCUCCUGGGCUGUACCUCUUCCAGUUGGAGCUGCAGGUCUCAGCAGCCCAGAAAAUGUCCACGUUUCUUAACGAUGCCACUGACUCCAUGGACAGUGUUAAAAACCAGUAGAACUUUUAAAUACAACUUGUCAUUACUUUCUAGGCUUAUGGUCAGUAAAAAAACCAUAGUGAGACAUGAGAGGGGAAAGUAAACCCCAAAGAAGCACAUCUGAGUCUCUCCAAGAGUGGGAAACAGCUCCCCCACCAUUCCUGACCAGCCCAAUGCUCCCUCCAAUCCAUCCAAAUCCAGCUCACGGAUCUUCUCUCUCUCUCUCUCUCUCCCUCACUUUCCCAGCCCAUCUGUUGAGAAGCCCUGUGCUAAAAACAGGGAAAAAGUACAAAAUAACACAGGUCUGCAGUGACAGCCUUGUCCCAGGGGCUGACUGAGCUGAGUGGGAAUCAAGGCAUGAUAUUAAAACAAAUGGUGUCUGUAGCCAUGGGAGCAGAAGAAAGGGGUGAAAUGACCUCCACAGCCUCUAUACUUGUGGGUGCAACAGAGCUACCAGUGAGGGAUGGGGUGAACUCGGGAUUUCAGGGCUGCAGUUCUAGGAGAGACGAGCAGAGGUGAAAAGGGAAUACAGUGAAUCAGAGUGUUUUGAUUAUUUAGUUGAUUAGACUGCACAUUGCAUAAUCAUGCAGGGGUUUUUGUGAUUGGUAUUUACACUAAAUGUCUCUCUGAAGGAUAAUAAUACUGGCAUGAAACUUAUGCACUCAGUGGAAUAUCUAGUGUAGGUGUGAAACAUUAAGGCAUUUAACACCAGCUUCCAGAAUUGCAAUAUGCAGUACUUUAAAAUAACUGAAGGAGUAACAUUUAAAGGGGAAUUCAUUAGUGUAUCAAAGAGAAAAGAUUACAUUAAAUCAUUACAACCAGUCCAGAACAAAAGUUACUGUUACAAUGCUGUCUUACACCACAGUGAGUGACCUGCUCUGCAAACUCCAGCUUACCUUUCCUGCUGUUUCAAGCACUUGGUUUUCCCAGAUUAGGAGAAGGAAUGAUUUUGCCUGCUGGAAAAACAGACAUUCCUGCAAACACCACAAAAGCUUUGGAUGUAAGGUUUGGCAGACAGAACAUUUAAACAGUGACUUUACUAUUUACAGCAAAAGUUCACACAGGUAAAGAAUAUAUUUAAGUUGCCCCCGAGCCCCCCAAGUAACACAGCCCAGCAAAACCAAAUCCCUUCAUGGUGCAGUUUUCACUCUGAACUGGUUCCACCAUGGCCCGUGACAAAGCCCCCUGAUUCACUAACUCCUACUCACUUCUCCCUGUUUUGCUUUGACCUUCUCUCUGAAACAUCCUGGGCCACUAAAAGAACCUUUACAUGAAAAGAACUAACCAGAACUAACUUGUACUUUAACUCCCCAGGCACACAAAGUGAGGCAUUUACUUGGCUCCAUGUGCUGUGUCAGGUUAUGUGUGACAGAGUCACAGAGGAGGCUUUGCAUUGGUGUACUCACAGUAAAAACAAAAAAAAGAAAAAGAAAAAAAAAAAGGUGUUCAUUGGGCAAAAGUUGAAAAGGACCACCUGUAACUAGCAUGGAAUAAUGUUUCUUACAGCAUGACACCAAGAAUUAUUCCAAACUCAAAGCCUUAUGAAACACAACCAGCCCACGUGAAAUUGUGCCAAAUCAGACAACUUGGUCCUUGCCCAAAUAUCUGAAGCAAGAAAGCACUGAGGGCUUGGACACAGCACUUCUUUCCAGGAAGAGCCACACUGACUCACACCUGCAGGUUCACUCUCAAUAUACACUUUGAGCCAUCAAACACAAAACCUCACAGAAGUCCAACUUGGCAGUUAAGUGACUAACAGGCUCUAACAACAGGCAGAAACCCAUGUGAAGUGGGCAGCAACACCCAGGAUGUCCCUUUGGAAAACACCAGCUGGCCCCUCACCUCCAGCCAGCCCCCAGGAACGAUGAGUCACCAUCUUCUCGUAAUGCUGAGCCCCAGGGAAGAUUUUGUUUUAAACAGGUUUGAUGGGAGCUCUGGAAUAUGAACCAUCAUGAGCACAUGAAUCAGUUCUCACACACCACCUGAUUACUAUUUCAGCAAAAAAAUCUGUUUGGAAUUACAAGUGUGACAGCUCCCAGCAACAGCAGAUUGGGUUUUCUCUACAGGAACUGCAUUUUGGGGAACAGAGGGUUCUAAUAUUACACAGCAGCACUGAUCUAUGUAGCACUGCCUGUAGUCUUCACAGGAGCCCAGGGACUGCUUGCAGGCCUGAAGAACACAGGAAGAAAUGUCAGCUUCACCUCCAAAAAGAAGGGCAGUUUUAUUAGGUGUAAACAAAUGAAAUUCUGUGGAAAAUACUGCAAUAUUCAAGUUAAGCAGACAUACACACAUAAACUCUUCAUUUCUUUACAAAGGAAAAAGGCACAUCAAAAUAUGCACCGUGUGUUUUAUUAAAAAUGCAAUUGUACUUAA